GCCCAAAUCGUAUCUUCGUCUUCAUGAUGCAACCUGAAGUAGUUUUGAACAAAAAUCUCACAAAUUGCCCCACUUAUCUCCGCCGCCGACCUACAAGAAACUCGGAGAAACCUAACCGGCGGAUUCAUAUCAGAAGAUACCUAACCAUGCGUCUUCACUCAGCAAUUACUCUCCGAAACUUCUUCACCAGAAAGCCUCUCCGAAUCCCUCAGAAUCUAAGCAUUAUAUCUUCUCCGGUCACCAUAAACUCGCUAGCCGAUGUCUCAGGUCCUUCACCGUCUCACUAUUCGAAAUCAAGUCUCUCAGAAGCAUCAUCUACUAGCUCACGAAUAUUCCGUAUCCCAAACGCUUCAUUCUCCAAGUCCUUCCUCGAGAAUCAGAGGAGUUUCAGCACCGACUCUAGCAGCGGCGGCGGCUCACCGCCAGAUUUGAACAAGGUAGUGGACGAGAUCAACCUCAAGUUCGCUGAAGCUCGUGAGGAGAUCGAAAUGGCGAUGGAUUCGAAGGAGACGGUUUACUUCAACGAAGAAGCAGAGUGCGCGAGAGCCGCCGUAACUGAGGUUUUGGAGAUGUUUGAAGGUUUGCUCAGAAAGGUAACAGAGAAAGAGAAGGCUUCUCUGCAGCGAUCCAUGGGACUCAAGAUCGAACAGCUCAAAGCUGAGCUUCAACAGCUUAACGAAUGAUCGAUUGAGGUCAGCUUGGUCACCGAGCCAUUGUUUAUCAUAUCUGUGUGGUAUCCUUGCAUUGUCCCUAAGCCUCUAUUGUUCUUUUCUGGAUUAGAGAAUAGAGCAAUGAAACAAUUUCUUGUUAUAAGUUCAGUGAGCUUCUUUGUGUGUUUUGAUCUUUACAUAGAUACAUCUUUUCUAUAAAGGAACAACAAGCUUCUUUUGGAGGAAA